AUGAUUAGACAAAUAUUCACUAGACAGCUUCCCUACUUAAAAAGGCAUCUUUCUUCUUCACAGUUAGUAGCUGCAGCAAAUGGAUUGAAGUCUAAAAAUGGGAAUGGAAGAAAUGCAAUUCUUCAGACGAUAUUAGCUAUUCAACAAGAAGGAGGAUCCAGUUCAUACCAAUCUAACGUACGUAACAGAGACUUAGGUAUAAGGAAUAAUGACCAAUUUACUAAUUCAAGAAAGGAGAGUGAGAAGUGGAGAACCAAUAAAAAUACUAAUACGUCUGAGGAUAUUAAUACCAGGAGAGGGAGGACUGAUACUGGCUUCUCUAAUGGUAAACUUUUUGAUAAUAAAUAUAAAAGAAAUGGCAAGUUGAAUAGUGGUAAUUUGAAUAGAAUUCCACAUCGUAGAAGAGAAAUUAAUUGGACUACAGGAACUGCAAAACAGCAGGAAGUAGCAAAUUCAACAGUAAAACAGAUCUUAGAGAUCAAUAAUCGAGGUUACAUAAAGUAUGUUGACUCAGCAACCAAUUCAAUUCAAAGAACAACGAUUUUCAAUUUAUCUAAUGAAAUAGAUCUUGAUGUAGAUGCAUUAUUUAUAGCAAACGUUGAAAAAAAUGAGGAUUCAGGGAUUACUUUGCCGCUUAUUAAAUUAGUUAAAUCUGAAAUUGCUUUAAAGAAAUAUUCCGAUACAUUAGCCAAAAAAAAGGAUAUAGAGUUAGGAUUAGCUUCCAAGAAUAAUAGAAAAGUAAAAAAGUCAAAUGCAGUUAAAAGUGUUAAAGUAUCUUGGCAAAUUAGUCUUGAUGAUUUGUUAAAACAGAAAAAGUCAGAAAUUUCAAAGAUUAUUGAAAAAGGUAACAAGUUACAAAUAUGUAUUGGUAAUAAGAAUGAUUUUAAAAGUGAUUUUUUAGACAAAUUUGAAUAUUUAGACAAAAGCGAGAACAAUACACCAUCUAAUGAUCUAAAUGAAGCAGAAUUGAAAAAAAGAGAAGCAAUACUUAAUAAAAUAGAACAAAUUUUUCAAGAACUUCAAAUAAAAAGUAAAAUGGUUGGUGAUAUUGGUGGAAUGCUAUUGAUCAAUUGUGAGGCUUUAAAGCAAUCAAAAUCCGAAAAAUCAAUGAAUAAAUAUGACUUAAAAGCUGCUAAAAAGAGAGAAAGGCAAGAAAAGCUGGCUAAACGUACUGCCAAAAAACAAGGCCUAUUGAACUAA